AUGACCAAUACACCAGCUAAGAUAGAAGAAGAAAUAAAUAAAAGAUUCACAAAAACGGAAAGCCAUUAUGCGCCCAUAGACCCAGGCAGACAGGAGUACAGAAAGUGCGGAGUGAAAGAAGAGGUCUUAAAGCUAGCCAUUGAAGAGGUUUUAUUUGAUGUAUGCCCAGCCAUUCAAAACAUGAAAGAAGUGGCUGAGUACGCAGCAAUGAUGGGCUAUUUGCACUUUCCAACAUACUACACCAUAAGAAAGGCAGGAUGGGUGCUCAUCCCGCACGCACCAACAGAAAACAGCGCUAAAUACGUAUAUAAAAUGUACAGCCCUGAUAAAAACUUCAACAGGAACAGAUCUGAAAUGAAGUCGUAUCUGAAGAUAGUCACACCGACUGACAGAUUCACUUCUGCUCUUUUUGAAGAUCUUGCAACAGAUGCAGUGGUCUUUGCCAUUUCAGACAAUGACACAUUUGUGCUUAUAGAUGCAAAAGGGUUUGUCGAUGCUUCUUCUCUUCUCUCUGAAUACACUCCUAGCAAGAGAGAGUGA